AUGGUAUCUGAACCUCUCCGUAUCGGCGUUCUCCUUGUCAAUUGCGUUCAACUGCUGGACCUCGCGGCCUUAGACUUGCUUUACAUGGCCAGUCCCGAAUGGCUCGAAGAUAUUGGAAUGCCAAAACACCUCGCUGAUCUCGGUCGUCCGUGCGAGAUUCACUACAUCGCUCGUGAUGGCCCUGACAAGAUGGCCUCCGUCACAUCAGAACUAUCCAUCCGCAUCACCAAUUCAGUGAAGGACUUGGCCGUUGCACCAGGCAAGUUGGACAUCCUUUUCCUGCCAGGUCCCUCUCCCCGGGUCAUGCCGCCGGCGGAAGAGUACCUAGACUUCGUUCGGAAGCACAAUGCGGCGGGAACGACGAUCAUGACUAUCUGCACCGGAGCAUUGGUUGCUGCACACGCAGGCAUCACCAAGGGCAAGGUCAGCACCUCGCCCCGAUUUUUGAUUCCAUACUUGAAGAAGCAUUUCCCGGACACCAAACUUUGGGAUGAUACCAUGCGGGUUACCCAUGAUGGAAACCUUUGGAUGAGCGGCGGUAUCACCAAUGGCCAUGACUUGGUGGCCGAGUAUCUCCGAGAGAAUUAUCCAGCUCCCCUUGUCAACACAGUUCUCGGUGCGGCGGAUCUUGCCCCACGUUCCCUUCACUACCAGACGACCGCAACCCGCGACUCGGCUUUCUUCGGGUGGCAGAUCAUUAGGGCAAUUCCCAGUUCGAUCUUGCGGAUGCUUGCCGCUCAUUGA